AAGAGAAACCAUAUAGCAAACACUAGUUCUCUCCUAAUGAGUCCUUCAUUAUUGUGUUUCCUAGCAUUUUGCCUAGUUGGUGAAGCAGUUGCAGCUGGAACUACUGACCCUAGUUUUGAUACAAAUUAUGAGAUUACCUGGGGAAAUGAUCAUGUUCAGUCCAUCAACCAAGGAAGAGAAAUCCAACUCUCCAUGGACAAGUCUUCUGGCUCUGGGUUUCAAUCCAAGUUGAGUUAUGGUUCUGGGUUUUUCUCUUUGAGUAUAAAGCUACCUGGUAAAGACUCUGCAGGAGUAGUUACAGCUUUCUAUCUGAAUUCGCACACCAAUAACCAUGAUGAGCUCGAUUUUGAAUUCUUGGGUAAUAAACAAGGGAAGCCCUAUACAUUACAGACUAAUGUGUUUGCGAAUGGGGUAGGGGAUAGAGAGCAAAGAAUUCGUCUCUGGUUUGAUCCUACAGCAGAUUUCCACAACUACAAAAUCCUUUGGAACCAACAUCAAAUUGUGUUUUUUGUUGAUACUGUUCCCAUUAGGGUUUACAAGAAUAAGACAAAUAUUGGGGUUAACUACCCUACUCAUGCAAUGCAAAUUGAAGCAACCUUAUGGGAUGGGUCAAAUUGGGCUACAGAUGGAGGCCAAACAAAGGCAGAUUGGAGCCAAGCACCAUUCAAAGCUAAUUUCCAAGGAUUCAACAUUAACGGCUGCCCAUCAUCUCAAAACUCCAACACUCAACCUUGUUAUUCAUCAAGGUAUUGGUGGAACAGUGAUAAGUAUUGGCAACUAAACUCCAACCAAGAAAGAGCAUAUGAAGGGGUGAAAAGGAAGUACAUGACAUAUGACUAUUGUUCUGAUAGAUCAAGGUACCCAUCACGUCCUCAAGAGUGCCCUCAAUGAAAAGGACCUAACCAUGCAUCCUUCACCAUCUUCCCUCCAUUAUCUCAAGCGGUCACCACCAAUAGUUUUCCACCCAUAAGUGAUACUUCAAUAAUAAAGAAAACUAGAUUAUUUACCAUUAUCAUAAUAAACUAUUGUUACCAAAGUGGGAUUAAUAAAAUAUGCUAAACGCAUAAUAUAUUUUUAUUUUUCUUUAUUCUUUUAUUUUCUUUUAGCUUUCCCUGGCUUCUCUUGUAAGGGGUUCUUUUUUCAUUGCGCUUUGUUGAAUAUAUUGAUUAUUCACAUAAAAAAAUAAAAAAAAUAUCUCUUUUAUA